AUGGCUUUUCCAGCUUCCUUCUCCCACUCCGCUUCUCUGCAACUCUCCGCUUCCUUCCAUGGCGAACGAACAACUUCCACUUUACUUCCCUCAUCUACAUCAUCGAACUCAUGUCCGUUCGUGGGUUCCCAACUUGCCUUCUCCGCGUCUCUGCGCGGUAGCAAAACGAUGUCUCCGUCCAGGCUCGUGGUUUCCUCGAGAAGGCUGUCCGGUUUAGAAGAAGCAAUGAAAAUGAGAAGGGAGAGGGAGCAAAGAGAAAGAAGUAAUACUAAGUUUACGAGACCGCUUCCUUUGAGGCGUGGGAGGGUGUCUCCUCGGCUACCGGUGCCUGAUGAUAUACCUAAACCUCCGUAUGUGGGCACCAAAGAAUUGCCAGAGCUUGCAAGUGAGCAUCAGUUUCAUGACGCUGAAGGCAUUGAGAAAAUGAGGGCUGCUUGUGAGCUUGCUGCUCGGGUGCUCCAAUCUGCUGGCGAAUUGGUCAAGCCAUCAGUCACUACAAAUGAAAUUGACAAAGCUGUGCACCAAAUGAUCAUUGAUGCUGGUGCAUACCCUUCACCUCUUGGUUAUGGAGGAUUCCCAAAGAGUGUGUGUACAUCGGUCAAUGAGUGCAUGUGUCAUGGGAUACCUGAUUCUCGCCAACUGCAGGACGGAGACAUAAUAAACAUUGAUGUCACGGUCUACUUGAAUGGUUACCACGGUGAUACAUCGAAAACAUUUCUGUGUGGAAAUGUUAAUGAUAUUCUGAAACGGCUGGUGAAGGUCACUGAAGAAUGCAUGGAAAAAGGAAUAGCAGUUUGCAAAGAUGGUGCCAGUUUUAAGAAAAUUGGCAAGAGAAUUAGUGAGCAUGCCGAGAAAUAUGGCUUUGAUGUGGUAGAGCGUUUUGUUGGGCACGGUGUAGGAAAGGUGUUCCACUCUGAACCAGUAAUAUUGCAUCACCGCAAUGACAAGGGUGGAACCAUGGUUGAAGGCCAAACAUUUACCAUCGAGCCUAUUCUCACCAUAGGAAGCACAGAUUGUAUAACAUGGCAAGACAAUUGGACGACAUUGACAGCUGAUGGAGGCCCAGCUGCACAGUUUGAGCACACCAUUUUGAUCACUCGAACCGGUGCUGAAAUCUUGACAAAAUGUUGA